AUGAGUAAUUUUUAGUUUGAAAGUAUCGAAUAUCCUGAAGAUGACGAGUCGUUUGUUGAGUCUGAUGAUUCUGAUUUGAACCCAUUUUUGUUUGAGUUGGAUCAACAGAAAUCAAAAGAUGAAAGGGUAGAGAUGAUGUAUCAGGCAUUGCUAAGGAAUCGAGAUAAAAUUCUUGAAGUGAUUUCCGACGCAAAUCAUAACUUAAAGAAGUUAAAGAAAUACGCUUCAGUCUUGUAGAAGGAGCACUAGAUAUUUAAUAUAUUAAAAAAAGCAUACGAAGAUUUAAAGCAUAAAACAAUCAAUCAUGAGUAAUUCGUGACGAGUUUAGAGACAGCCUAUGAAAAAUAAAUUCAAGAACUCACUAAUGAAUCAUAAGCAUUGCAUCAAUAACUCGCUCAAUAAGCAUAAGAGUUCGAAAAGUAGGCUUGUCUGUAUAAAGAAUAAUUAGCAUAAAAGUAAGAGUUGUUAACACUAAAGGAAUAAGAGAUAAUAUGUAUAAAGAAUAAUGAACUUCAAUUAUCUGAUAAAUUGAAGAAUUCUCAAGUAGAUUUAGUUAAAUUGUAAAAGGAGACAAAUGCCAUUAAAAAAAUAAAAACAUCAAACUUUUUGAAUCUCAAUGAGAAAUCUGAUUUUCCCUUUUCCACCUUCGAAUUAAUCAUAGCAACUAAGAUUAAAACCCAAUUAAUUUCAUUUUUGAGUUCUAAAGACAUUGUGAAUCUCUGUCUGUCAAAAAAAUCUAUAUAUUUUGCAUUGUGUUAAUUCAAAUUGGUAAUUCCACAAGUCAUAAGAUGUUCAACUAUUUAAUAUCAAUCAUAAAUGAAGUUGUUAACAAAACAAGUUGAUUUAUUCAAGAAAUUGUCAAAUGAUUGUCCUGAGUAAGUAGUAAAGACUCAAAUCAUUAAGUAUUUUGAUGCCUUUUUGAAUCCAAAUGAAUGGUUGGAUCCAAUCAUCGUUGAGGCUAACAAUUUUGUUAAAGGAACAUAAUUCUUGGGAAGACUAGAACAUAUAGAAAAUCCAGAUUCCACAGAUGGUCUAAAGACCUUUGUGUAGUCAAUGGCUUCUCGUUCCUAACAGACGGCUAAUCUAUUAAAAUCAGAUCCAUUUAAUUUGAGUCAAUUUACGGCCAAUUUGAUUGUAAAUGCAAAUGAAAGAGAAGCAUUUUAAAAAGAAAGAUAGAAUCAAUUAAAGAAAUUAAAAACAAGUUAAUCAGAUGUUUAAGAGAAGAUCUUUAAUUUAGGCACUGUUGUUGCUGCAGAUGUAGGUCUCUUUGGAUUAUAUUUGGCAACAAUGCAAAGGAUAUUUGCUUCGCUAUAUGUAUUUGGAAGUUACAUUAACAUUGAAUGUAGAUCUCAAUCUUCCUUAAUAUAUUACCUAGUCGAAUAACAUUGGCAAUUAAUUCAGAAAUAAACUAUUCUUGAACAAAUGAUCCAAGAUAGAUAGUCGAGAAUUCAGAAUAACAACAAUGAGAUCAAGGGUUUGAAUGAGUAAACUAAAGGUUUGUAAGACUUGAUUAAGACAUUGCAAGCUAGUAUCAAGGCUCAUAAAAUCGAGACGGAAAAUGAACAAUCUGAAAAGGCUAAGAUAAAGUAAGAGUUAACAGAGACAAAGUAACUGUUAUUCAGUUAUGGAAAAAACAUUAAAUUACUAGCACUUGAAAUUAGAGAACUAAGAAAGGUGAACAAAGAAAUUGUGAUGUAAAAUAACAAAGCUGCUUCCCAAAUUUCAGAUCUGAAAUCCCAAGUAGCAUCCAUUUCAGUUUGAAAUUCAUAUUGAAUUAUUAAGUAAAAUAAUCAUCAUAUAUUUCAUUCUA